CCAAGGCUAUGGACUUGGCUGCUUGGUAUCCGCCAUUCCUGCCGGCGCGCCAACACUCGACGACUUGGCGCGCAUCAGCGCCAGACAAACUACGGGGGUUGGCGAGUUCCACAUGUAGCACUCGGGGGUUACCAAGAAAUUGGGGGUGCUCCUGCUUCAAAUACUUUUGCCAUCCCGGCUCCUCCUUCUCCGUUCAAUGUUCUUUGUGUGAGGAUUCCUUUUCCUACUUACCAGUCACUCGUUAAGACUUCCAACUGCUUUGUUCUCUACUCUUCGUUUUAA